UCCAUUUCCUCCCAUCCACAGCCGCCGUCUCCCCUCCACUGCUCCGCCACAGCGCCACCAUCUCCUCCUCUGCUCCUCCACAUCACAGUCGUCUCCUCCUCCUCUGCUCCUCCACAGCGCCGCCUCCUCCUCCUCUGCUCCUCCACACGGCCUACCUCCUCCUCGGCUCCUCCACACUGCCACCGUCCUUCACGUUUGCAGGUCACCACAAACAACGGCGAUUGAUUGAUAUGCGCAGCUAGAAGCGGAUUCAGCAACCAAAUUUAGUAUCUCUCCUGUUUGUUUGUUAUCUGACCAGUCAAUUCUUUUUUCAUCCGAGACUUGUUUUUAUCGAAAAUGAAAGAGGAAGAAUUGAAUAGAUGUCAAAUUCAAGAAUGGUAUCCGAGAUUCAAAUCCACAUCCAUAAAAACCGUGAUCCACGAGCUUCCCGAAUCCUUCAUCAACUAUCUUCUCGACGAUUCAGGCCCUUUUCUUCUACCAUUGUCCGUUUCCGACAACGACGCGUUACCCAACAGAAUCCACAACCCCGAAGACGAACAAGACUACACAAUAACAUCCGAUAACGAAUCCGAACAAACAUCACCACCACCACCGCCACCACCCUCUUUCCCAGAACUCGAAUCACAAAUCAACGAAUCAAUCAAAACCUUAGGUGGGGCCAUCUUCCCGAAACUCAACUGGAGCUCACCCAAAGACUCCGCGUGGAUCAGCCCGAACGCGAGUCUCAAAUGCACCUCGUUUAGCGAAAUCACACUUCUGCUUAAAUCAUCUGACUCGCUUGUUCACGACCUCUGUCACGCUUACGAUUCGUGCACCAACUGUAACAUCAAGCGGCCCGCCCGUUUUUUUCUCGCUCUUCGAAAAUGGUACCCGUCUCUACACCCGGAAAUGGAAUUUCGUGUCUUCGUACGUAACCAUGUUUUAGUCGGGAUCUCCCAACGAGAAGUCACCGGAUUUUACCCGAGUUUGACCAAGAAAAAGCCCGUUCUUGAAUCGUUGAUAAAAGACUUUUAUUCAAAAAAGGUGAAUAUGAAAUUCGAGUCAGAAAGUUACACGUUUGAUGUUUACGUGAGAACGGAUGAUGAAGUUAAGCUUCUGGAUUUCAACCCGUGGUGCGAGUUUACGUUACCGUUAUUGUUUACGUGGGAGGAACUGGAAUCUGAGCUGUUGAGUCGUGAACCGGAGUUGAGGAUUGUGGAGGGUCAAUGUGGAGUUAGACCGGGUUUGAAGACUGCGGUUCCUUACGAUUAUUUGGAUACAAGUGAAGGAAGUGGCUGGGAUCAGUUUUUGAGAAACGCGGAUGAGGAGCUGCGGCGGCAGACACGGUCAGCUGGUGGUUAAGGUUAACCACCAUGUUCGGCCCCUGAUGUUUUCUCCGAAUCAAGGUAUGGUUUUGUUUUGUUUUGUUUUGUUGUUCUCAUAUCUGUAAUUGUUAACAAUGUUGGAAAAUGAUUUGAAAUACUAUAAAUAUUGAAUAUGUUUUAGGCAUUCUUAGUUUAUUUUCUUGUAAGGCAGCUCAAACUUUUGUGAGGCCUUAACCGGUUGGCUUAUGGUUA